AUGUCACUUGAAGUAGUACCCAAAGAUAUAAGAGGAUUACGAGCUUGUUUAGUAUGUUCCUUGAUUAAGACCUUUGAUCAAUUUGAAUAUGAUGGUUGCGAUAAUUGCGAUGAGUUUCUUAGAAUGAAAAAUAAUAAAGACAAUGUCUACGAUUGCACAAGUAAUAACUUUGAUGGAAUGAUAGCAGUAAUGAGUCCUGAAGAUAGUUGGGUAUGCAAGUGGCAGCGAAUAAGUCGAUUUUGUCCAGGAGUUUAUGCAAUAUCAGUGUCAGGUCGUCUACCUGCAGGGGUAAUAAGAGAAAUGAAGAGCCGUGGAAUUGUGUACAGACCUAGAGAUACCAGCCAGCGGUAA